GUUCAACGUCAUUUCAAAGUUUUCAACAAUCCUUCAAGCGAUCCUUCAAAAUGUCAGUGAUACUCAGGCGUUUCGGCAGAACUGUUAAAUACCAAAAUUGUAGAUCUUACUUGUCCUUCAGAUGGGGCAAAAAGAAACAGAAGGAAAGAUGCAAAAAGGAGACUUGCCGUAAACCGUUCAAACCCUUGUUCUACGAGAUGUUUGGCCAAGAUGCUGAUAUGCCUCCCGAAUUGAAAAAAUUGUGCGAUCUCAAGAAAGAGGGAAUAGUCCAGCAACCUUUGCCCAGGGUCGAUCAUAUCCCAGGAAUCAAAUACAAGACUUGUGGCUCGGCCAUCCUCCUUCAAGAAGAUAGGAAUCUACCGGAUCCGGAUACGCCGGUCCUGAACAAGGAAAUCAAGAGAUUGGAGAGAAUCGAGGCUCAUCCAACACUGAAGGAGAAGAUUGGAGAUCCACUUCCACCCUUCACGUCAGUUGAACAAAGGAUGAUAGACUGGAGCGACAGAAAACUCCACCCAUUGUACCUCAAGAUGAAGAGCAUACCGAAGAGAAGAGUGAUUUAUUGUGAGAAAUCCAAACCCUACACCGUUGAAGAUACUCCUGUUUUUCCAAAGCAGAUACAUAUAGACAGAAACCUCAUUGAAAAGAAGAACAUCCUGGUAGAUCUGAAGAGGAUAGAACCCCCGAAGGAGGUGAUUCAGUACGGUUUGGAACAGAAGCUGAAACACCUGGCGCAGUUGCAGCAACUGUCUAUGAGAAACUCGAUUCCAGUUCCUCUUAAGUGCCCGAAACAUGGAAAAAUCGACGAGCAUUCUUCCGUGGCUAUAAAUAUUUGCAAUGAGAUAAAGGAAGGCUGAAAUAGGUCUUAUUCACGUCGCAAUAAAUCAUCGUUAUCUAUAUAAUUU